UCGGUAAUUCGGUAUAACACGGCCGGGUUGAGUUAGAGUCUCACCCACCAUCCACUCGUGACUCACUCAUUCCCAACCGAUUUUCGCAUCCACUGCCACCGCCCGAACGAUUCCAACGCCGGCCAACCGUCACCGUCUCCGGCAACUCUUUCGUCACCAGAAAACUUCGAGAAUCGGUAGGUCCUCUCGGAUCUAGAUCGUUUUCGCCGUAUUUCAAGGAAGGCUCUUACAUUACUAUGUCAUAGUUUUGGUUUGUUAUGUGCCUAAUACUAGGCACUCGACCACUCAUGCAUAUGUAACUGGAAUUGUAACAGCUCAAUUUUGGAUAUAAUGCCUCCAUUACGCUCCAGUGGAUUUGUUGAUCCCGGUUGGGAUCAUGGUAUUGCCCAAGAUGAGCGGAAAAAGAAGGUUAGAUGCAAUUAUUGUGGGAAAAUAGUUAGUGGUGGCAUAUACAGAUUAAAGCAGCAUUUAGCCCGAGUUUCUGGUGAAGUAACAUAUUGUGAAAAGGCUCCUGAGGAAGUCUACUUAAGAAUGAAGGAAAACCUGGAAGGGUGUCGAUCCAACAAGAAACAGAAGCACAUUGAUGCUCAAGCAUAUAUGAAUUUUCAGUCUAAUGAUGAUGAAGAUGAUGAAGAGCAAAUUGAGUGUAGAAGCAAAGGGAAGCAGUUGAUGGAUGAUAGAAGUGUAUCUAUAAACUUUACACCUCUUCGUUCAUUAGGAUAUGUUGACCCAGGGUGGGAACAUGGUGUUGCUCAAGAUGAGAGAAAGAAGAAAGUGAAAUGCAACUAUUGUGAGAAAAUUGUUAGUGGAGGUAUUAAUCGGUUUAAACAGCAUCUGGCUAGAAUUCCUGGAGAGGUAGCACCUUGUAAAAAUGCUCCUGAAGAAGUUUAUCUUAAGAUUAAAGAGAAUAUGAAAUGGCAUCGCACUGGAAGGAGACAUAGGCAACCUGAGGCUAAGGAGUUGAUUCCUUUCUAUGCAAAAUCAGUUAAUGAUGAUGAUGAUGAUGAAGAAGAAGAAGAUGAAUAUGAGCAGAUGGAAGAUGCUUCGCAUCAUGUGAACAAGGAAACAUUGAUUGAUGUUGAUAACAGAUUGUCUAAAGACUUUAGGAAGACCUUCAAGGCAAUGCCGCCAAGUACUGGUCCUGAACCUGUAUUGAGAAGAUCUAGGUUGGAUAACAUAUACCUGAAACUGCCCAAGAAUCAGCCUCCUCAAGCUUUCAAUCAAGUCAAAGUUAAGACUGGGCCCACUAAAAAAUUGCGCAAGGAAGUCAUUUCUACAAUUUGCAAGUUCUUUUACCAUGCUGGGAUUCCUGUACAGGCUGCAGACUCCUUAUAUUUUCAUAAAAUGCUUGAAGUUGUUGGUCAAUAUGGACAGGGACUGGUAUGUCCACCAAGCCAACUUAUGUCUGGUCGCUUUUUGCAGGAGGAAAUAGAUUCCAUUAGGAAUUAUCUCGUCGAAUACAAGGCUUCCUGGGCAAUUACUGGUUGUUCUGUAAUGGCAGAUAGUUGGAGAGAUGUACAGGGAAGAACAAUUAUUAACUUCCUUGUUUCUUGUCCUCAUGGCGUAUACUUUGUUUCUUCAGUUGAUGCUACUAAUGUAGUAGAAGAUGCACCAAAUCUAUUCAAGCUUCUGGACAAGGUGGUGGAGGAAAUAGGUGAGGAAAAUGUGGUGCAGGUCAUAACUGAAAAUACUCCCAAUUAUAAAACUGCUGGGAAAAUGCUUGAAGAGAAGCGAAGGAAUUUGUUUUGGACUCCUUGUGCCACUUAUUGUAUUAAUCGAAUACUAGAAGAUUUUAUGAAGAUAAGAUGUGUGGAAGAGUGCAUUGAAAAAGGCCAGAAAAUUACAAAACUAAUAUACAAUCAAAUAUGGUUGUUAAAUCUUAUGAAAAAUGAAUUUACUGAGGGGCAGGAGCUUUUAAACACAGCUGGGACACAGUAUGCCUCUAGCUUUGCUACAUUGCGGAGCUUGUUGGAUCAUAGAGUUGGGCUCAAAAGAAUGUUUCUAUCAAACAAAUGGAUUUCAUGCAGGUUCUCCAGGACAAAUGAGGGGAAAGAGGUGGAAAAAAUUGUCUUGAAUGUCACGUUUUGGAAGAAAAUGCAGUAUGUUAGAAAGUCAGUAGAUCCCAUCAUGCAUGUACUUCAAAAGGUUUGUAGUGGUGAGAGCUUCUCGAUGCCAUACAUAUAUAAUGAUAUGUACCGAGCAAAACUUGCAAUCAAAUCUGUUAAUGGUGAUGAUGCACGUAAAUAUGAACCAUUCUGGAAGGUGAUAGACAGUCAUUGUAACUCUCUGUUUUGUCACCCACUUUACUUGGCUGCGUACUUCUUGAAUCCCUCCUACAGGUAUCGGCAAGAUUUUGUGGCGCAUUCUGAGGUAGUCCGGGGGCUCAAUGAAUGUAUUGUUCGGCUAGAGCCAGACAAUAUGAGACGGAUAUCUGCAUCAAUGCAGAUUGCUCAUUAUAAUUCUGCACAAGAUGACUUUGGAACUGAAUUGGCAAUUAGCACAAGAACAGAUCUUGAACCAGCUGCGUGGUGGCAACAACAUGGAAUAAGCUGCAUAGAGUUGCAAAGGAUAGCUGUGCGCAUAUUAAGUCAGACAUGCUCAACCUUUGUGCGUGAGCAUGAGUGGAGUAUAUAUGAUCAGAUAUACAGUAAAAGUCAAAAUCGUCUAACACAGAAGAAACUGAAUGACCUUAUCUACGUGCACUACAACUUGCGACUUAGAGAAUCCCAAUUAAGAAAAAGGUCUAGGGACUCAAGGUCAACCUCUGUUGACAAUGUUCUGCUAGAGCACUUACUCAAGGAUUGGAUAACGGACACCAAUUUACAAAGCUCUGAUGUUGAUAAGAACAUCUAUGAUGGAAUUGAACAAGAUGAUCAAUAUGAAAAUGAUUUAAUUGAUUAUGAUGAUGGAGCUGCACGAUCUUUGAAGGGAACGCUUGAGCUGGAAACUAUGGCUGAUUUAGUAGUAGGAUCACCAGAUGUAGACCAUGCUAACAUUAAUGCUGCCACUGACAAUGACUCUGAUCUUAAUUAUUUUGAUGAUGAUUUGAGCGAGUAAUUAGUGACAAAUCAAGAUGAUCAUCCGGGUGUAUAAAUUAUUUUAACCCUUGUAGAGAAAUCAUUUUAGAUUGAAUGCAAUCUUUUUAGUUUUAGAGUCAUACAA